AUGGCUGUUGCGCCUCAGACUCCUCCAUCCGAGUGCUUGAGAGCGCCAACAACAACGCUAAGACCGAGGAGCGUAAGGUCGAAAUGUGCCACUUGCAUCCCCAACCGAAAAAUCCAUCCUACCAAGGCGGCGUUCGCCGAUAUUAAAGUGCCGCUGAAAUUCACACUUUCUGGACUAAGGGUAAAAGCUUUACUGGUUCUGGUCGGUGCGAUGGCCACCGUGUGCGUGGGGUGGACCAGUUGGCUCAUUCUCCUGAUAGUCAAGCCGAACGAGACGGUGAACUGGGUCAUGAAGACACAAGACUUCGGCAAUGGGUCGUUCUGGCUGAUGGUGGACGCACCUGCAGAGAUGAACCGCUUAGCAGUGGGUGGGUACUCGCUUGUGUGGCUUUUGUACUGUGCCGUUCUCGUGAGGGCUAUAAGGCGCCAAAGUCGGCGGGUCUGGAUGAAAAUUGCUGAUCUAGCGGUGGAACCCUUGAUCCUAUCGGUAGUCCUUGAGGACGGAUCUCCGCUUGGACUGCUUGUCACAAUCACAGCAAUUGUCGCGAUGAACGCGUUGUCAUGCGCGGUGAUGAUGCUGCUUCCUGACAGCUACACGGGAUUGACUGAGGUCAUCGUCGACAUCACCUUCAGCCUCGACCGUGCCAAGCUGACUAUCAACAUGGAAGUUUUCCCACUGGGAGCAUUCGAGCGAGAAGCGACUGUGAUGGUGAACCCGGUGCAGACGGACAUCAUCUACAAGACGCUGAAAUCCCUCCAGAUUUCCUCGACGUUCGUGCUCAUCACUCGAGUUGGCGUCAGUUUCGUGUUUGCCUAUCGACUUUUUCACGCUGUGGAGCUCAUCCGGAACCCGGAGAAAAGACCGGCUCGACUGUAUCCAAAGCGAAAUCGUGUGUCUAUCGCCUUCUUCCUUUUGGUAGUCGUCGGCCUCGUUGCGUUCGUGGAAGAAAGUGUUCGGACGUCGUCGAUUGCGUGUCAAGCGCAUCCGGAGUGUGCUGUGAAGGCCCACAGAUGGACAAUUCUGGUAGAAGGGUCGCUGAUUCAGUCUCCGUGUCGAGCUCUCAUUGACGGAGACAUCGCGCCAAAGACGUACGAUGGAUGGAUGUCACCGGUGGAUGUUACCACUAAAGUGGUGCAGUUAGCCUCCACUGGAGACCUCAGGACGAUUAAGUUGACGAGUCGAUACCUACCCGUGCUACCGGAAGAGCUUCGAUGGUGUCGCGAGAUGCAAUACGUGUCGCUGAUGUACACGUACACGGAAACAUUGCCUAGUUGGGCCAACGAAUUCGUCAAUCUCGAAUAUUUAUACAUCGAGGGCAUGUCCAACAGCUCAUUGAUUGAGCUUCCCGACGACCUGUUCAAGGACAUGACCUCGCUCACCUUUCUCCACCUGGGUAUGCACCUAAACCUGCAGGAACUCCCCUCUUUUGACGGACUCAAACACCUCAAGGCGUUGGUAUUAGCUCCGCUUGUUACGCUGACCGAGCUUCCGAGUUUCGACGGCGUGUACCACCUCGAGCGCCUUGAGAUGUCAACGCUACCAACCAUUACCGUGCUCCCCGAUUUGAAGCCGCUGCAGAAGCUCAAGUCCUUUAUCGCACGAGAUCGCGGGACCUGGUGCUGCAACGGCUUUCUCGGCGACUGCGAUUUGAGUGAUUCGAUUUGUAAUGCAUCGGCCGUGUCGUACCGAUCCGACCUCAUGGCGACGAAUGCAACGCUCUCAACCCUUGCGAAAUUUAACGUCACCGUUUGUCAGCCGCUAGAAGCUCAGACAUCGGAUUCGACAUCCAGAAAAUUGAGUAUUUCUACUUCAGAAACGAAACGCGGUGGUCCGGGUCCGGGACCUCCGUCACCAGGUGGUCUGGGUGGUCCACCACCACCAGGUUCAGAGCCCCUUAGUCGAAUGGGUCCGCCGCCAAAUUCAGAAACCGAGGUUCGUCACCAGGUACGGAAACGGGGGCUCCAGGACCGGGUGCGAAUAGUGGUCAUGGUGGUCCAGGCACUGGUCAAAGUGGGAAUGCAGGUCCAGGGAUGCCGACGCGAGAAUCUGUCGCACACUUCUGGAGAUGCGGAGGCGAUGUGCUACAACGCGAGGUAUACAGCCAUCUCCUGUGACGCAAGCGCAGAUGCGAUCGAGAUGCGACGACGGCAGAUACAACAACGCGUUGGAGACAAGUGCAAUCCGGAGUAUGAAGCGUGGCUUGGAUGCAAAUAA